AUGUACACUCUCAUGGCGAAUUUCAUGUCUCGUCCCCAGUACCUUUAUCAUCUGCACAAUAUUGCUCACUUCCGUGAGCGUUCAGACCUAGCCAUGGGCGAUUUCAUGAUGCGCGAGUCUCAGCCUAUUGCUUUUCGCGUCUCAUGGGCUCUUCAAGCGUCUUACACGUCCUAUGCUGACGAAAAUGGAACCGAAGACUGGGCAGUGGCUCCUCGAAAUCCCCCCGAUGCCCUUGCAUAUGACGAAGUGUACACCAAGCGCCAACUGCAAGCUCCUACAGACCCUGAGUCUGUCAUCAUCAGAAGGCCUCAAUCGUUGCCCCAAGGUGUUCCAAGUCAGCUAAUGCCACCGCACCCUUUAGACACAACAGACGCUGCUCAGCUGGAAAAACCGACUUAUGGCAAGCAUGUGGACACGAUUACCGUGCACUUGUAUGUGCCAAUAACGUGCUCUGAGGCGCCAGACCUGCAGUCUCCCCGUAGUGUUCCAGAUGUUUGCAAAGAGGGCCAUGAAGAGCUUCUCCGCAGAAGUAGUGCGGCUAGACGGAUUAGCGGGACUACUGCCUAUAGGAUCCAUGUUGAAUCUCUCCACUUCGUGAACGCAGAAAAGAGCGUUCACCACGCGGAAGUCCAUAAGCAUUUACGGCCCGUACUCAUAUUCCUGCAUGGUGGCGGUCUGGUGGCCCUUUCAACAGCAGCUUAUGACAAACUUGUGCGACGAAUGACGAACCUCAUUGGAGCCGCUAACGGAGUGGUUGUCUCGAUUGACUACAGACUUUCGCCAGAACACAAAUUUCCAAUUCCCAUGGAAGACUGCCUUAACGCCAUUAACUUUGUUGUUCAGCAUGCAGAAGAGCUCGGCAUCGACAGCAGCAAGCUAGCUCUUAUUGGAGACAGUGCCGGUGGCGCUUUGGUGGCAUCCGUAUUAGCGGAGGCAUUGAGGCUUCCCCAGAGAUACCCGUGGGUGCGCAGCGUCCGCCAUGCGGCUCUUGUAUAUCCAUCGCUUUGCCGAGGAUGCCCAACUAGAAGUCAUUUGCUGUAUGGCGACAAAAACACACUAAGAAAUGAUAUUUGGUUUGCAUUUGCGCACACGCAAACGCUGGGCCCGGUGUGGGACUGGCGACAGAUCCCGUUCGCGAUUCCUGUGAAGAUUCUUUCUCAGUUUCCACCUACAAGCUUGAUUCUUUUCACCCAUGACAUACAGUACGAAACUGGUGUUCUCUUUCAUGAGAAGCUUAGGAGAGCCGGGGUUCCAACAAGCUUAUUCAUCGCUCCAGGAGUGCAUGCCUUCUUCGGGUCCGACGCUUGGAGCUCAUUCGGGGUCCGUGCAGUCGAAUGGACAAUUCAGCGUAUUUUGGCCCACUUGUGCAGUGGACCUUCGGUUCAGCAAUCCCCAAAUAAGUUGCCUACUGAGACCAACUAUGAUAUGGCUCCUAAGGAAGUCUCAUAG